GAGAGAGAGGAGAGCGAGAGAGGAACGGGGGAAGAGAGAGAGAGAUCGCGAUGGAGGGCGACGUGGAGAUGGCCGCGGCGGAGGAUGGAGCUUUCGUGGAGCUGGACGACAUGAAGAAAAGAUUGAAGGAGAUGGAAGACGAAGCGGCAGCUCUCCGGGAAAUGCAGGCCAAAGUCGAGAAAGAAAUGGGCGCCGUUCAAGAUCCUGCUGCUGCUGCAGCAAGUCAAGCAAAUAGGGAAGAAGUGGAUUCUCGAUCCGUCUUUGUUGGCAAUGUGGAUUAUUCAUGUACCCCAGAGGAGGUACAGCAGCAUUUUCAAGCAUGUGGAACAGUUAAUAGAGUAACCAUCCGAACAAACAAGUUUGGCCAACCAAAGGGAUAUGCUUAUGUCGAAUUUCUUGAACCAGAAGCUGUUCAAGAGGCUCUCCUUCUCAAUGAGUCUGAGCUUCAUGGUCGCCAGUUGAAAGUAUCUGCUAAACGGACUAAUGUUCCUGGCAUGAAACAAUUUCGUCCCCGGCGUCCCAGCCCCUAUAUGGGAUUUCGGGGCAGGACACCUUAUGUGGCUCCUUAUGUAUAUCCUCCCUAUGGAUUUGGGAAGGUUCCCAGGUUCAGAAUGCCUAUGCGUUACAGCCCUUAUUUCUGAAUCCGGUUUUCCAUGAGAUCAUAUGAUAGGGCGCUCUUCUGCAAAUCCUGUGUCUUGCCUUGUGAUGUGUCAUCCAAUAUGCUUGGAGGGAACCCAUUGUGGUUUCGGGGUGGAGUGGUGGUUUCGGGAUCGGUCGAGAAUCUGUCAGUCCUUGGUGGUACUUGUAUGCUUUACCUUCUGGAUAUUAUUGGUUAAUAUUGUAAUUAUGGACCGGAACAGUUUCUUCUGCUGUGGAUUGAUGCUGUUUGAGUGAUUUAUGCAAGGUCUUUUAAUGCCUUCUCAUUUU